GGAAGUUCAGGAGAAGACCCCCUCUUUUGGUUGUUAAGAACUUCUUGACUCGUUUGGGUUUUUCCGGGGGGGUUCACAGUGGGCAAACUCUUUUCCAACAGCUUCCUCAUCAAUUUCGAGCAAGAUGAAGACUACCAGAGAUUCUUUUAUCGUAAGGUUUGGACCAUUGGUAAGGAUACCAUGUCUGUAACCAAAUGGUCUCCAACCUUAACACAAGAAGAAGACUCCCCCAUUGUUCCGGUCUGGAUUUCCAUUCCUCACCUUCCAAUUCACCUUCAUGAACAAACUGCUCUUUUCAGUAUUGCCUCCAUGUUGGGGACCCCUUUAAAGGUUGACAAUGCUACACUCAACUUCGCCAGACCCAAGUUUGCUAGGGUUUGUGUGGAACUUGAUGUUUCCAGGAACCUCCACCAACGCAUUCAUGUCAGACAUGCUGAUGCUGAUCUCUUCUUCCAGGUUGUCUAUGAAGAUCCCCCUCUUUUCUGUAAUUCUUGCCGGAAACUGGGUCACAACCAUCUGACCUGUAAACCGGUCACACAACCGGCGAAAAGGGAUAUUCCAGCCCAUAAAGUCCAGGACAAUAACGACGACAAAGUCCAGCAGGGAUGGACCAAAGUCACUCGGAAGGGCAAGGCUCCAGCUAUUCCUAAACAGGGGGAUAUUUCCAAACCUGUCCCUCAUGUUUGGGCCCCAAAACCCACUAUAAGAGAAGAACAUGUAGAAACUUCCAAGACGGGUGCAAGAAGGAGGGCUCCAGUGUUUUUACCUUCCACCAAUGUUUUUUUCUUGGACCCUUCUGGGUUGGCUCAUUCAGAUUUACCUCCUCAUGCAGAAGGGACCCCAGUGUCAGAACCUCCUCUUGCAGAAGGGAGCCCAAUGUCAGAAUUGCCUACUCCAGGACCUAUUCGGGUUCACACCCAAGAGGAAGAACACUUUGGUAACAUUUUUGACCUGGUGGAAGAAGCUGAAGAUGAGGCCUCUACAGCUGAGAUUAACUUUGAGAAAGAUCCUUCAGAUACCAAUCAAGAGAUAGUUAAUCUUAAAAAAGCUCAGCUUUUGCAGGUGGGGAACUUGGAACAUAGCUACUGGAAACAGAAAUAUCAUCAUCAUAAUCAAGAUCUGAUGCAUUUACCAUCUGAAGAUGAGAUCAAAGCCAUCCUUUUUGACAUGGAGUCUAACUCUUGUGCUGGUCCAGAUGGUUUUAAUGUCAAUUUCUUUAAGGAAUGCUGGGAUAUAGUUAAGAGAGAGGUAAUUUCUGCCUGUCAAGAAGUCUUCAUGGGCAUUCCACUCCCCGUGGCUGCUGCAAGCACCAAUAUCUGCCUUAUUCCCAAAUGUGAUAAUGCAUCUAGACUGAAUGAUUUUAGGCCUGUAUGUUUAUCAACUGUUGCCUCUAAAAUUGCAACAAAAUGCAUUGCCAAGAGACUUAGAAAGGUGCUUCCUUUGAUCAUCUCUGAAGAACAAGGGGCAUUUGUGGCUGGUAGGGAUAUCAUGGAGCAGAUUCUUCUUACAAAAGAAAUGGCCCAUAACAUUGAUAGAAAAGCUGGGGGUGGCAACAUUAUCCUCAAGCUUGACAUGGCCAAAGCCUUCGAUAAGUUAAAAAACAGCAUUCAUGUCACCCACUUGGCUUAUGCCGAUGACCUCAUUAUCUUCACCAAUGCUCAUCUCAGAUCUAUUUCCAAUUUGAAGACAUUCUUGGCUAAAUAUCAACAGGUCUCUGGUCAGACUAUUAACUCCUCUAAGAGCAGCUUCAUGGUUGGGAAGAAGUUUAAUACUAUGAGAAUUAGGAAGCUGGAACAACUCCUGACCAUGCCACACAGAAAGCUCCCUUUUACCUACCUGGGUAGCCCUAUCCACUCUGGCAUCACAAGGAAACACCAUUGUACAUCUCUCAUUUCUUCCUUUGACAAGAAACUCAAUGGAUGGUAUCAAAAAAACUUGGAUCAGGCAGGAAGAUUAAUCCUUAUUAAUCAUGUCCUCAAUACCAUUCCUAACUACUUUUUGGCUGCAAACACUGUUCCUAGAUCCAUCAUCAACCUUCUUCAUCAAAAGAUGGCAGGGUUCUGGUGGGGUUGUGGCCAGAAGAAGCAUCAUUGGCUGAAGUGGGAUUCUCUUUCUUUACCAAAAGAGGAAGGUGGUAUUGGCACUAGAGACUUCCAAUCCUUGGAGGAGGCCUUUAGUCUCAAAUUAUGGUGGAAAUAUCAACAUAAUAACAGCCUCUGGGGGAGAUUCAUGAGGGCCAAAUAUCAUAGGCGAGGAGAGAUGGAAUGUCACUUGGUGGACUCCCCUACCUGGACAAGGAUCACAAGGAUUAAUGUCAAAGCUCUCAAUCACUGCCAUACUACCGAGGAGGAAGCAUUUAUUUGGAAUGAGGACCCAUCUGGGCAGUUCACCCUUAAGAGUGCUUAUGAGGUUUGCAGGACUAAUUCUAGCCCUUCUCUUGCGUUUCAUAAUAUUUGGGAAUCCCCACAGAAGUCCAAGAUCAGCAUCUUUAUGUGGAAACUUUUACGCAAGUGCCUUCCAAUCCCUGAAAACCUUCGAAGGCUUGGUUUUGCUCUCCCUUCUGUUUGUCCUUUCUGCAUGAAUUCAAGCCUCACAACAAAACAUUCCCUGAUUGAUUGUGCUAAGAUCGUGGAUAUUUGGAGACAUUAUGCUAGAUGUCUAAACUUCCUCCACACAGAAUCUUCUACUAUCAACCAACACUUCAUGAACUGGUGGUUGAGGGACACACCUAACCUUUACGGGCUACUGCGUAAACAUCUGCCAGGGAUAAUCACGUGGCACAUCUGUAAAAAGAUGAAUGAGAUCAUUUAUGGGAAAUGUUCCAAUUUUAGCACUCUAAGUCUUAUUCAUCAGAUUGAUUCGUAUACCAAACAAUGGUUGUCCACCAAGACUCCCCGCAAACUUCAACAUUUUGACUCCUGGUUAUUCUCACAUAAUCUUAUACCCAGGUUCACAUCUCACAACUACGUUCGCAUGGUUAAAUGGAAGGCACCUCCUACGGGUAGGCUUAAACUCAAUGUUGAUGCCUCCUAUACCACAACACAUCAAAGAGGUGCAGCUAUUUUAAGAGAUGCAGAAGGAAGACUGGUCCGUGGGGCUUCCUUCAAACUACACUCUAGGAGUGCCUACCAAGCUGAAGUGGAUGCCGCUAUUAAAGCAAUCAUAUGGGCCCUUUUAAUUUCCAAUUCUUUGAUUUAUGAGACUGAUGCUAAGUCCAUUAUUUCCAGGAUUCCAUUGUUCAAUAAAAAUUCAGUCUCCUCUUUCCCAAUUGACGUUUUGGGUCAACUCAUUCUUCAAAAUGGGAUUCAGGUUUCUCACAUUUUACGGGAAGGGAACUCUGCUGCAGAUGGUCUCGCAAAGGAAGAAGGAUGUAAAACUAUUGGCAGCAUCAAACCUUCUCCCUCAGGAAAACCCGCUGUUUUCUUUAGUGACGAGGAUUUGGAACAUAUUAGGGAGAGAUUCCCUUUUGCUGUCAAAGCUAGAUACAAGCGGGAUACCACGCCGGAGGAGAUAGGAAAGAGCCUGGAAAAAGGUGGAUUCAAGGGAGGAUUUCGAAUCUCAGGAAUCACUAGAUAUCAGGUGAUCAUUGUCUUCAAUCAACAAGGAGAUUAUCUUCGCAUACUGUCUAGAAGGUCAUGGUCAGUAAACGGGAAUCAGCUUUCAAUCUGCAAAUGGGAUCCUAGUACAGAAGAUAAACAUGAUAGCCCCCUAGCUCUCAUCUGGGUAACUCUCAAACACCUUCCUUUUUUCCUUCUUGACAAAAGAAAUCUCUUUUCUGUUGUUAAGGUUACUUCUAACUACUGGGUUAGAAACAUCACUGUGGUUUACGAUCAACCUCUUUAUUGCAAAUCCUGUAAACGUUGGGGACAUUGUUGCACCUCCCCGUCAACCGCCGGAAGAGUCUUGACCGGUGGUGAACUUCAGACGGGAGACAGGACCACUAAUCGUGGGUCCUUUGAGUGGAUUAGGGUGGAGCGUAAAGGGAAAAAACCCUUGCACGUAAAUACAAGGAAGAGGGAGCCAACCCGCUUGCAAACAUCCAAUAAAUUCCAGGCACUUGAAGACAAGAAUUCUGCUGACACUAUGGUUGGAGCUGGCCCAAGCUCCAUUUUCCAACCUUCAGUUAUCCCUAAGGCUGUUACUUCUUUGGAGGCAGGCCCAAGCACAUGUAAAGUAGGAAUUUUUAAUGACAAAAUACCUCUUCAAACCCUUGGCUCGAUCUCUCCAGGGAACCCCUCUUCCCUCCUCGUGAAGCAAACAGCACUGGAACAUACAUCCACUCUGGACUCUCUUGGUCUCCUUUCCACAUAUGCUGAUCCUGAAACCCCUUGCACCCCUGUGUGCAUACAUUCCGAUGGUGAAGAAAUGAAUUCCUUCAAACUCAAAUUGGGUAUGACCCAUGCUGCCUCCUUCCUUCAUAACCAACUCUGGAUUUUCUGGAUGGAACCCACCCUCACUCUCCUGCAAACUGUGGAACUGGAACAGGUUGUUCACUGCCAUUUCAACUCUCCCACUUCUCCUAGUCCUAUCUGGAUCUCCUCUAUUUACGGGAAACAUAGUAGGUCCUCCAGAAAGACUCUUUGGGAAUCUAUCUCGAAAUGUAACCCUGGAACACAGCCGUGGAUAUUGGGUGGGGACUUUAAUUGCAUCCACAAUAUUGAUGAACACAAAGGGAACACCGAACCUUGCCACAACUCCAUAGAAGAUUUCAGGAAUUGCAUGGAAGCCAACAAUCUCCUUUAUCUCCCCCCUUCUGGAGGACAUUUCUCAUGGAGUGGUUCUCGGAGUAGUGGAAAGGUCUGGAGAAGGCUGGACCAUAUCUUCUGUACUCAACCAGUGCUUGAUCAGUUUCCCACUCUCUCAUUAGAAAUGCUUAGCAAAGGUAGCUCGGACCACAGACCCUUACUGCUGAAGUACUCCCUUAGCUCCUUUUCUGGACACAAACCUUUCAAGUUCCUUAACAUGUGGACUUCUCAUCACUCUCUAGAGGCUACAAUAAGGAAUUUCUGGGAAAGCAACAAAACCUUUAAUGGAAUGCAAGGUUUAGCAAAUAAAUUGAAGGCUUUGAAGCCAAUCCUUAUCAAAUGGAAUGGAGAGGUAUUUGGGAAUAUUUUCCAAAAACUUAAUGAUGCCGAAGCCUCUGCCCAAACAACACAAACCUUUUAUGAACCCUCAAUUCCUCUUCACAUCCUGGCGAUCCAACAAAUGCCCAAAUCUGUCAUGGACAUCCUAAAUAAGAAAAUGCAGAACUUCUUUUGGGGCUACAGGGACGGGAAACCCAAAUAUCACUAGAAAAACUAGAAAAGUAUGUGCUACCCCACCAUUGAAGGAGGGGUUGGAAUUAGGCACCUCGAGGAUAUAGAGGCAGCAUACUCCUCAAAACUUUGGUGGAAGCUUCGUAAUAAUGGAGGUUUAUGGGG